AUCGUGUUGCUCAAUUACGGCGUAGGGCGGGGCUUGGGCUUAUCUUCGUUAUCAGACUAGUUACCGGCGAUAAGGAAGUCGCGGACACCUGGCAUACCGGGCUUAGUCUUGGCCCGUAAUCACAAGAAGAUGGUUCCAAAGAUACAAAACUCUAACGCGGCACUGCUCGAGCGCAGGAUCGAGUGUAUCAAGUACACGCUUUUCUGCUUCAGUGCUAUCAUGUGGAUCCUCGGCAGUGGUACCUUUGGCCUCUCGCUCUGGUUAAGGAUUGAGCCGGGUUUUCAAGAGUGGGUUGAGUUCCUCCAGAUCAAUGAGUUCUAUAUUGGUGUAAACAUAUUGAUAUUCGCAGCAGUUCUUGUAAUUGCAAUAUCCUUCGUGGGAUGCGCGUCCUCAUUGAUGGAGAGUCAGCCAGCGCUGUUUGUGAACAUCGGAUUGCAGGGGCUCUCCUUCGUCUUUGCUCUUGCUGGCUCGGCUGUCCUUCUUGACUAUUCUACCUAUGAUAGUCAGAUACAGCCACUCAUCAGGAAGUCCAUGACAAAUCUCAUUAUUAACUCCCAACAUACACGUGUCUCCGUUGUCUUGAGAAUGGUCCAAGAAAAUAUUGGCUGCUGUGGCGCGGAUGGCCCCAUGGACUAUCUUACCUUGCUGAAGCCAUUACCAACCGAAUGCCGCGACACGGUGACAGGGAAUGCCUUUUUCCAUGGCUGUGUAGAAGAGCUCACCUGGUUCCUUGAAGCGCGAUCUGGAUGGCUUGCUGGUCUAGCACUUGGCCUCUGCAUGAUUCAUGUAUGAAUAAUUCAACCUUUUCACAGCUCUACAGCUAGUUGAGCCUCUCGAUCAGCAUAAUUAACCUAACGUGUCUCCGUAUUACAGGUGAUUCAAGCUAUCCUCUCAUUAAUUCUCAUCCAGGCUAUCAAGAAGGAGGAGCAGCUCGUAACUUUCAAGCAUUAAAGUGGCCAUUAUCGUAUGCACUGCGCUAUUAACAUAAGUAAUUGCAUGUAUCGUGGGGAAUAUGUGUUGAGUGCAUGAAGUAGGUUUCUUGGCUACGAACAUUAUCGAUUCGCGUCAUUCGAAUCUUUUUAAUUUUACGGCUAACGUGCAUGUGUUUAUAUAAUAUUGUUGCAUUUUUAAUUAUUC